AACUUUAUUAUUCAUGGCUUCUCACUUUACGGCAGCCACACCUACUUAUAUUGCACCCCAUUGCUCUUCAUCUGCUAAACUAGUGAGCUCUCACUCUAUUUUUGGCUUUGCUGCUAAUGCAAUGGAUUCAAGAGCUUACAUUUUUAGACUCAGCAUAGCAAUGCUUUGCAUCUCAAUGCUGGCUUCCAUUCUUUUCCCUGUGUGUGAUGCAAUAAAUCAUGGAAGAUCCCUGAAGAACCUAAAAAUAAAAUCACUAAAUCGUUUGAACAAGUACUCAGCAUUUGAGUACUCAGACUUUGAUUCAUAUGGCUCUCCUUCUUCUCUACCCCUACCACCUUUCAAUUCACUGGCACCACAACCAACACCUUCAACUUCUAACCCUUCUCCAUACUCUCCAUUGAUACCUCCAAGCAUGGGGGGAAACCCCUCUCUGCCAGCAUAUUCCCCAGUUCCAAAUCCACCACCCCAUGGGGCAUUUGGGCCACCAAGCCCAAGAAGCAUUGCUAGUCCACCACCACCACCUCCUUAUGGUUCAAGCCCACCAAAGCAUGCUCCAAGCCCACCUAAGAGUGUGCCAAGUGCAAGCCCACCACCACAAGCAUACUUGCCACCCAUUGUGUUCCCACCACCCCCUUCCCCUGCUGCUCACCGUAAAAAGCCACCACAAUAUGCACUUUGGUGUGUGGCAAAGCCCACUGUUCCUGAUCCAAUAAUUCAAGAGGCCAUGGACUAUGCCUGUGGGUCUGGUGCAGAUUGUAAAUCCAUUCAGCCCAAUGGGUUAUGUUUCCAGCCCAACACUUUGUUGGCCCAUGCUUCUUAUGCCUUCAAUAGCUACUGGCAGAACACUAAGAUUGGCGGUGGCACCUGUGAUUUUGGUGGGAUUGCCAUGCUUGUCACCGUUGAUCCCAGUAAGUAG